GUCCGGUAUGUUAAAUAAAAAGUCCCUAAUCUUUCUCUGAAAACCACUAAUCGUGUAAUCGAAACGGAAAGAAGCAGCAAACUGGUAAAGAAAGCUUUAGAAAAUAAUUUCAAGCACACUCUCAAACUUGAGGAGUUCGCGCGAAAAGUUGCUUUGUCAAUUUCCAGUUUUCUUUUAAGAUAUGAUUCAAGUUUUUAUUCAAAUUGGAGAAAAAACCACGAAGUAGGAAAAUAAUGUGCAAUAAUGUGUACAGCACAGGCGAAAUAAUAAUAAAAGUUUAAUCAUUGAUUCGAAGUCUUUCUAUUUAUUAAAAAAUCUGUUGAAAUUCGUCGUGAUGUCGGAGAAUACGGAGGACUAUGAGGAUACGGUACAGAAGAGAACUGCUGAAAGGUUAACGGAAGAAAUACAAAGCAUGGCUAAUUACAAAAGUCUUUACAUCGAAAUUCAGAAACUCGUAGCAUCAACGGCGGUAAAGAGGGGUGAUUUUAAAAACACGUUAAUGGAAGCUUUGAAAAGUAACGGUCUCGAAACAGAAAUUCGAAAUACAGUUUUCCAUUGGACAAGAUCGCAAAGCUCCUUGUCUUUGUUGCCGCCACCACCAGAGGAAUUUAGCGACUUAAGUUUUUUAAAAAAAGCUCAAGUUCAAUGGGAGCGCCGUAUACAGAAAUCACUGAAUUCUACAUGCAACGAAUUAAAUGUCGCUUUAGCUCGUAUUCGGCCGAGAGAGGACCGCGAGGAAUUGGCUGAAAAAUGGAACGAACUGAGCACAUACGAUAUCGAUUUAUCACAAUACAGACCACUGUAUGCUCCGAAAGAUUUUCUGGAUGUUUUAUUUGCCAUACGAAAUCCUGUUUUCAGAAGACAGCCAGACGAAUUGAAUUGGGAAUUUAGUCAUAUACAGAUUCGCGUGAAGACUCUCGCUCAAUUGAGGCGCGUGUACACGGAGCUUGCCAAGGGAAUGCCGAUGUUGGGAGUCAAUCCAGAUAUGCAGAGUUCUGAGAAUUAUGCGAAUUUAGAAGAAGAAAGGAUCCAUCUUGGUGAAAAAGUGCUGCGAUCCAAUCACGCUCCGAUCGCACAAGAGUUCUUGAAGCGUGGCGCACCUCGAUCGCUUCGCGGACGUCUUUGGUCUCUUGUCUUGGGAUCCAUAGUGAAAGAAAAUGAUGUAGAAUAUUACGAAGAAUUAAAAAACAUGGUACUACAGUACGAUAUAGUUAUAGAUAACUUAAUAAUAAAGGAUGUACAAUUAACAGCCAGAAAUGAUGACCAGUACUUCGUAUUUGAGGAUGUUUUGUAUAAAACAAUGUUAUGUUUUUCACGUGAUUCGGAGGUAUUGGCGCCUGUAACCACUGACAAAAGCGCGGGCGGGCAAGUGAUACACGCGGUUUUACAAGGGAAACCAGCUACAUUGGAGAACACUUUGGUAUUUCCACCGAGCGGCGUAAUUCCCUUUCAUGGAUUUACAAUGUACGGUGUGACUACUCCAUUUUGUUAUCUUUACGACGACCCUUGCGCAAUGUAUUUUACCUUUAGAGCGUUUUAUUUGCGAUAUUGGUUCCGCUUACACACCGUAUCCAAUCAUAAGCAAGGCAUAGUUGCGUUAUGUCUCCUUUUUGAAAGAUCUCUUCAGUGUUAUGAACCCCUUCUGUGGGUUUAUUUUAGAAACUGCCAUAUCCAACCAAUCAAAGUUGUUUUCAAAUGGAUCAUGAGAGGUUUUAGCGGCCACCUUCCUCCAGAACAAUUGCUUUAUCUGUGGGACUUAAUUCUAGGUUACGAUUCUUUAGAAAUUAUCCCCUUGCUUGCAGUGGCCAUUUUGAGCUUUAGAAAGGAAAAUUUGAUGCAAGUCAAUACUUUACAAAGUGUAGAGGCCGUUUUAGCAGAUUUAUCUUCUUUAAAAGUAAUUCCAUUAUUACAAUUAGCUUUACUGAGAGAAUGAAAAGCUGUAGUUGUGCCAUAGUAAUUUAAAUGCUCUGGAAAGCAUUAUUUGUAAGAACUUCUUUAAAGGUAAAUACACAAUAUUUUCGUAUUCAAAUAUCCAAACAGAGAUCUCUAUUUCACGCCUGCGCGAACGAACGCGGAUCUCUAUUAUCAGGCGAACAACUUAAUAAGCAUUAACACAUUCACUGAUGAAUGUUUGGAAUAUGCGUAUAGGAAGUUUAUGUAAAAAUUGUUUGUAGAAUAGAUAACAUAUAGACGCUAAAAUCAUCGCUACCUUCCUCCAUAGAUGUUAGUAUACAUGUAUGUAGUUGAAAUGGAGAGAACGAAACAUUCUCAGUAUGUACUCGCAGUUGAUUUCGAAAGGAAGGUAGCUUCUCCGUAUACACCUGUAUUGUCCAUAGUGUAUAUAAUAUGUAUGUAUGUACAGGGUGACUUGAUAAAACACUAUGCCUAUUUCUAUGUUCUGUUCUGCUUUUAACAAUAUACUCCUUAAUAAAAAAUA